CUGCCUCGUCGCUGGCCGCAGAGACGGAGUCGGACCAUGGCUUCACUAGCCCACCCUACCCGGGGCACCCGGCUGCAGGCUGGUAUAGGAGUAGCCACAGUGGCCCUGUUUGGGAAAGUGCCCUUAUAACACGGCAGCAUCAGCACUUGCAUCACCGGGCACGAAGUCACACCCACUCUCCUGGUUCUAUGGCUGCUGUGCGGGAGUGGUCCUGCACGCGCUGCACCUUCCUGAACCCUGUGGGACAGCGGCAAUGCUCCAUUUGUGAGGCUCCCCGCCAGAAGCCAGACCUCAACCACAUCCUGAGGCUCAGUGUGGAGGAGCAGAAAUGGGCCUGUGCCCGCUGCACCUUCAGAAACUUCUUGGGCAAAGAGGCCUGCGAGGUGUGUGGCUUCAUGCCAGAACCCGGGCCGGGCGGCACCCCACUGCCCAUCAUCAACGGUGUCGUGCCCAAGCCCACCGUGCUGGUGGAACCCAAGGGGAUCUCCAAGGAGGAUGUACACAAAGCUGAGAGCAGCAGUGAGGAGUCAGGUGGGAAGAGCCCCGAGGAGACAGAGCUGGAGAAUGGCUGGGCCUGCCAGCGCUGCACGCUGCACAACACACCUGUGGCCAACUCCUGCUCAGCCUGUGGGGGGCCACGCAAACUCUCACUGCCCAAGAUCCCUCCGGAGGCACUGGUGGUCCCCGAGGUCAUCGCCCCUGCUGGGUUCCACAUGGCCCCUGCCGCCCCUCAGCCCGGCGUCUCUAUAGAGAUCACAGACAGCGACCCUGUGGCCAGUCAGGGCUCCACAGCCAUGGAGCAGGAUGCUCAGAAGAUGCCAGCCUUCAGCCCCUUCUCCCCUGGCCUGCAGAACAACCCUGUGCCCAGGAGCCGCAGGGAGGUGCCACCCCAGCUGCAGCCACAGGUAUCCGAGACCUCUCAGCCCACGGCUCAGACUGCAGCUGGGCAGAAGGGGUCUCCACAAGGCCAGGCCCGGGUCCCCCCUGUUGCCCGCUUUCAAGAGCUGUUGUGCACCAAGCGUCUGAGUGUGCUGGAGGAGGAGAUGGAAGUCAGCCCAUCACACUGGAAGUGUAGCACCUGCUCCCUGCUCAAUUCUGCUGGGGCUAGCAAGUGCGAGGCCUGCAGUGCUCAGAAGAGCAGUGACACGAUUGACCUGGCAGGCGACUCAGUGAGGUUCACCCCCUGUAGCCCUUCAAGCCCUGACUUUACCACGUGGUCCUGUUCCAAAUGCACCCUAAAAAACCCCACCCUUGUGCAGAAGUGCAAGGCCUGUGGCUCCUCCAAGCUGCACGGCUUCCAGGAGCAUGGAGUGCAGAGUGAAUCAGCCCCCAAGUGUCCCGACUGUGGCAUUGACAAGGGGAGCUGUGUCUCUUGCAGCGGCAAGGCCCCAUCGGCCCGCAAGGUGGCCCGCCUCUUCCCCUCUCAACCACCCUUGGUCCAGGACAGGCUGAACCAGUGGCCAUGCCCUGCUUGCACCCUGCUCAAUGAACUGAAGGCCAAGCAUUGCGUGGCCUGCCACACUCCCCAGCAGUACAUGACCCAGCGCAAGGGUGCCAAGCCACUCAAGAGGCGGGAGAGCAUGCAUGUGGAGAAGAGGCGGCAGACAGAUGAGGGUGAGGCCAAGGCCCUGUGGGAAAACAUCGUGACUUUCUGUCGGGAGAACAAGGUGAAUUUUGUGGACGACAGUUUCCACCCCGGGCCCAAAUCCGUAGGGUUCCCGGAUGGGGACAGUGUCCAGCAGAGAGUGAAGCAAUGGCUGCGGCCUCAUGAAAUCAACUGCAGCAUCUUCAAGGACCAGUCUGUCAAGUGGUCGGUGUUCCGGACACCCCGGCCCUCGGACAUCCUGCAGGGACUGCUGGGAAACUGCUGGUUCCUGAGUGCACUGGCAGUGCUGGCAGAGCGCCCCGAGCUGGUGGAGAGGGUCAUGAUCACACGGACACUGUGCCCAGAGGGGGCCUACCAGGUGCGACUCUGCAAGGAUGGCACAUGGACCACAGUGCUGGUGGAUGACAUGCUGCCAUGUGAUGAGUGUGGCUACCUCCUCUUCUCCCAGGCCCAGAGGAAGCAGCUGUGGGUAGCCCUCAUUGAGAAGGCUCUGGCCAAGCUACAUGGUUCGUACUUUGCCCUCCAGGCAGGGCGUGCUAUUGAAGGCCUGGCUACGCUAACCGGCGCCCCUUGCGAGAGCCUGAUGCUGCAGGUCAGCUCCACUAACCCUCGCGAGGAGCCCAUUGACACUGACCUCAUCUGGGCCAAAAUGCUGAGUUCUAAGGAGGCUGGGUUUCUAAUGGGCGCAUCCUGUGGUGGCGGAAACAUGAAGGUGGAUGACGCGGCCUACGAGAGCAUGGGCCUUCGCCCACGGCAUGCUUACUCCAUAUUGGACGUACGGGACGUGCAAGGCUUCAGGCUCCUACGGCUCCGUAACCCUUGGGGCCGUUUCUCCUGGAAUGGUGACUGGUCCGACGAGUGGCCUCACUGGCCAACACACCUGCGACAUGAUCUGAUGCCGCACGGGAGCAGCGAGGGCGUCUUCUGGAUGGAGUACAGCGAUUUCGUCAGGUAUUUCGAUUCAGUGGACAUCUGUAAGCUGCAUUCAGACUGGCAUGAGGUUCGAGUGCAGGGCACCUUCCCCAACAAGGCCAGCGGGCCUGUCACAGUGACCUCGCUGACAGUGCUGGAGCGUGCCACACUGGAGUUUGCCCUUUUCCAGGAGGGCAGCAGGCGCUCUGACAUGAUGGACAGCCAUUUGCUAGACCUGUGCAUCAUGGUGUUCCGGGCCACAUUCACCAGUGGGAACAAGCUGAGCCUGGGCCGGCUGAUGGCGCACAGCAAGCGGGCAGUGAAGAAGUUUGUGAACUGUGAUGUCAUGCUGGAGCCUGGCGAGUAUGCAGUUGUGUGCUGUGCCUUCAACCACUGGAACACAGCCUCCGCCCAGGUCUCUAGCCCCACCAGCAGCAGCGGGCGCCCCCCAACCGACUACUCCAGCUACAUCCUGGCCAUCUACAGCUCCCGCCUGGUGAUGGUGGAGCAGAUUGAAGCACAGCCCACCACGCUGGCCGAUGCCAUCAUCCUGCUGACAGAGAACAAGGGCGAACGGCAUGAGGGCCGUGAGGGGAUGACCUGCUACUACCUGACGCACGGCUGGGCAGGGCUCAUUGUGGUGGUGGAGAACCGGCACCCCAAGUCCUACCUGCAUGUCCAGUGCGACUGCACAGACAGCUUCAAUGUGGUGUCCACGCGGGGCAGCCUGAAGACCCAGGACAGUGUGCCACCUCUGCACCGGCAAGUGCUGGUGAUCCUCUCCCAGCUGGAAGGCAACGCUGGGUUCUCCAUCACCCACCGCCUGGCGCACCGCAAAGCCACCCAAGCCUUUCUUAAUGACUGGAUGUCUACAAAAGGGACCCACAACCCACUGCUCACACCUGAGGUGGCUGGGCUGCACGGACCCCGGCCACUAUGACAAAUGGCCCAGCCUUCCCCACCCUUCUUCUGCUUCUGCCUUUUUGCUUUAAUCAAGUUCCUGGCCCCUUUGGCUUCAGGCUUCUUCCCCAGCUGGCAUUACUGAGCCACUGCAGGGGUGGAGGCAGGAGCGCGAGCCUCAUGCCAAGCGCCUUGCCUCAUGCCUGCUCUACUUCCAUGGGGUGGGCUGGGGCUAAGGAGGACUCAGGACCCCCCUGGCUUCCUCCCUGUCUCUGCACACCCCUUCUUCCUCACCAACUCACGCACUUUACAAGGAGCCGUCAGGAGUGCGGGAGCAACAGCGUGGCUUGAAUCAUGGCAAUCUCAGGAUCUGGGCCCUCCCCACUGGAGUCCAGGGCCUCUCAUCCCCUUCUCCACCCCUUCUCAUGGGAAGGAUCGCUGCCGCUCACCAGGAAGAAGUCUGGGCACCUUGGCAAGACUUGGAGAGGGGAGUGGGUAGGACAGGUCCCUCCCCUCCCCCAUGGCAUGCUCAGGACUCAGCCCCCUUCCCUAGUGUCAGAACCCUAAGGCUGUGAAAAAUAUACCUCUGACCAACUUUUGUCCAUCUGUGUGAACCCCAGUGCCCAGCUGGUAUUGCUGUGCAAGAGAUCAGCUGGGUGCCACUCUAAAGUAGGGUUACCAAGGCUGAAUUGGUCCUGCAGAGCUGACUGGAGUGUUGGACAUCCCAAGAGGCUGGGGAAUGUGGGCUGGAGCUGUGUCAGGGUCACGGGGAAGUGGGAGGGUGUGGAAUGGAUGCGGGGGGAGGUUGCUGCAGCUGUGUAUGUGUGGUAUUGCCCUCCCCAGCCAGGCUUGUGGAAUAGGAGGGCAUCAGUCCUUCUGUCUAGGGCUGGCAGGCUGGUGGCUGAGGGCAGGGACAAAGCGCUCAGGCUGGGAUUGAACACACCCAGUGUGAUAGAAGAUACUGGGAAGCUCCUUUUUCCCCAAACAGCUGUGCCCUGCAGCUGGGGCCUUCUGCCUCAAAGGCUUGUGGAACUUGUAGUUCUCUUGUCCCCUAGCCACGAUCUGUAUCCUUGGAGGCAACUUCUUCGUAGUGGGCAGGAGUUGGAGGCUGCUUGUUACUGCUGGGAAGGCAGCUGAUUCACAGCAUCUUGUACCAAAAAUCGCAUCGAGCAGCCCUUUCCUCUGUUGUGCUGUGGGCUAUGGGGCAGAUGAGGGGCUCCUGCCUCUUGGAGUGUGGGGUGGCCCGCCUCCAGCCCAGUGCCAGCAAGGGCACUUCAACUCAUUACUAUGCAACUGUGGCCACCAAGCACAGCACUAGGAGAGAAGCCACGAGCCCUGAGCUGGAGAACCACUGCCCCCAUUCACACGCCCUGCUUCCUCUGGCUCCUCCAUAUCUGGCCUCAGCCCCAGGUGGGGGGGAUAAGGGUUCCUUCCAAGCACUGCUGGGCCUCUGCUCCCUGGUGGCUGAGUUGCAUUCACCUGCCAGGUAAAAGCAGUCUGGGAAUGGGGCCAGUGUGAGAGCCCAGUUGCAAAGGCCCAGUACAGGGCUUGGGCUCUCCAGGGCUGUUGAUGCCAGCCUGGGUCAGUGGGUGUGGGGCAGAGGGAUGCAGGUACAGGGUAGCGGGUACAGGGUUUCCAGCCAGCAUGUGGGGCUCAGACACAGGGUUGGGGGUUGCAGUUUUCCCAGGUCUCAGGGCCUGGACUCAGCCCCAGUUUAACACAUUGCUGUGCACUGUUCUAGAUGUGUUUUGUAUAAUCGCUUUGAGGAGUCAGCGGGAUCUAGCUCAAUCUGCCAGUGCUUUGCUGACAGAUCUAGUCCCUCCCAGGCCCCCUUCCCCCUGAGGUAAACCUUGCACCUGCCAGCAGGGCCAGACAUCUGCCCAGGCAGGACCUGGGCUCUGUGAGGCAGGAGCGUUGUGAGCCCAAUGGGAGCAGAGGCCGAGGUUCACUGGGUGGGAGAAAAGCCAGCAGUACAGGCAGUUCCUGUGGGCUAAAUCCUGCUCCCAUGGAAGUGAAUGGACCUCAGGGGCUGCUGGGGGUGCAGCCUGCUGGUGAAAUGUACCCAGCCAGGGGGCCCAUGCUGCCACCUCUUUGUCCAGCUGGGUCCUAUGCACAUGCUGUCAGUGACGGGGUGGACCUAUUCCUGCCUGGGAUGGGAUGGAUGGGAGCCCCUCACCAUUCACAUGGAACGGAGGAGUGGGGAGGGUGUCUGUGCAGUGCACAGGGCAUGGCUAAAUGGGGCCAUGCCUCUCCCCUAUAACACAAGUCCUUUGGCAUUAAAAUCUUGGGGGGUUGCAGUUCUUAUUUAAGCUUUGCUGUAACCUCCACUCGGGCUCCUGGGAAAUGCAGGAGGUCACUUGGGCAGGGCAGGGCUGGAAGCCCUUGUAAGGAGAGGCAGGUCAGUUUUGCUCUCUGUUCUUUCCUUCCUUCAGUCUGAUUUCUGCAGAGGUCCUGAGCUCCUGCCCCUGCUCUCAGUCCCCAGGCAGGCAGCCAGGUGCCCUGGGCCCUGGCUUGCUUGCAUCAAGGGAUUCCCUAUAGGACUGUGUAAGAGGCUGAGGCCUGCACAGUUGGGUCCCAGGCUGCUUGCACCCCAUGGGUCUCCCCCAAACCAGCGCUCUCUCCCGUGAGAUGGCAGCUCCAUCACUCUACUUUGGAGACCAGGCUGGGGGCAGGCUGAUGUUCUUAUGGGCAUGGGCAGGGGCUGCCAGUGCCAAGGUUUUAUUCUGCCCUUCCUUUGGACCCUCAGUUUUGUGUUUCCCCUCUAUAUGCCUCAGUUCUGUGGCAAGCACAGGGCACAUCUCCCCGUCCUCUUGUGUUCACCCCCACCUCCUGCUCACUGGGAUGGGGGUGACUCAGACUGGGGGUGCCCUGUGAGGAGUCCUCCUCCUACAUCUGUCUGUUGCCCCUCGGGCCCUGCUGGUCCCUAGGAAACAGGGACCGGCCGAGCCAAGCUGUGUUUGUACUUUUCUUUGUCAGCCUGUCUUCUCCCCUUCCCCACUUGGAUAUUUUUUGUCCUUUUUUUCUCUCUGGUUCUGUCAUUCUCCUUCUGAGCUGUGAAUAUUUUUAACCCUGUAAAUACUGUCCAGCCCUUAUGAAACAUAGGCUAUUUUAUCAAUUGUAAAUCAAAUCCGUAAUCCCUGUAUGAUAUGAAUUAUCCAUGGAUGGUUUUCAAACUCAGGUUCCGAUGGACCAAAUAAAGUUUUGUUUUUUAAUUAAU